GACUGCAGAGGCCGCACCGCCUCCCCCACCCAAGGUCUGCGCGCUCCGCUGCAGGGUGCAAACCCCACGAGCCCUCCUGGGUUUGGGGCGCUAGAGCAGAGGCGGAGCCGGGGCGGAGCCGGCGCACAGCCCCCAACCCAUCCAUCGAAAGCGAAAGAAGGGGCCAGGAAGGAAAGGCGGAGCUGGCCCGGAGCCCCGCCCCCUGCCCUGCGUGCUGCUGGACCGCCGGGCGCGCCCAAGUACGGGGGGCGCAGAGCGCGCAGUGCGGACCCUCGCGGUACCUGCGCGGGCCGCCACCAUGUCUCAAGAAGGUGUGGAGCUGGAGAAGAGUGUCAGGCGCCUCCGGGAGAAGUUUCAUGGGAAGGUUUCCUCCAAGAAGGCGGGGACUCUGAUGAGGAAAUUUGGCAGCGACCACACCGGAGUGGGCCGCUCCAUCGUGUAUGGAGUAAAGCAGAAAGAUGGACAGGAACUGAGUAAUGACCUGGAUGCCCAGGACCCACCAGAGGACAUGAAGCAGGACCAGGACAUCCAGGCAGUGGCGACCUCCCUCCUGCCACUGACGGAAGCCAACCUGCGCAUGUUCCAGCGUGCCCAGGAAGACCUCAUCCCUGCCGUGGACCGGCAGUUUGCCUGCUCCUCCUGUGACCAUGUCUGGUGGCGCCGCGUGCCUCAGAGGAAGGAGGUGUCCCGGUGUAGGAAAUGCAGGAAGCGCUAUGAGCCAGUGCCAUGUGACAAGAUGUGGGGCGUGGCUGAGUUCCACUGUCCAAAGUGCCGGCACAACUUUCGGGGCUGGGCACAGAUGGGGUCCCCAUCCCCUUGCUAUGGAUGUGGCUUUCCCGUGUAUCCGACACGGAUCCUUCCUCCGCGCUGGGACCGGGACACAGGGCACCGCAGCACCCACACCCACUCCUGCUCAGCUGCCGACUGCUACAACCGGCGAGAGCCCCACGUGCCUGGGACAUCCUGUGCACACCCCAAGAGCCGGAAGCAAAACCACCUGCCCAAAGUCCUGCACCCCAGCAACCCCCACAUCAGCAGUGGCUCCACUGUGGCCACCUGCCUGAGCCAGGGGGGCCUCCUAGAACACCUGGACAACCUCAUCCUGGAGGACCUGAGGGAAGAAGAAGAGGAGGAGGAGGAGGAGGAGGAGGAGGGUGGGCACGGGGAGUGACCCCUGCCAGGUGCAGAUGCAAACCAGACACAGUGUGUGGAUACUUUGUGUUGUUAUAAAAUAUGAGCUCAAACC